GUGAGCAUGGAAAGCUUGAAUACGGGAUGUGCCGGACAAAAUAGAAUCGCCGUAGUGCUUGGCUAGCAUUACGCACCUUGCAUCAAUGUAUCACGCCUCAGCCACAGGACGCAUGUCGACGUCAUUGACACUGGUUGUGAUACAGUGAAAUGGGAUAUGGACGAGCCCAAGUACAUGGCACAGUUACAUAUGUUGAAAAUGAUACCAUUUUUAGCUACACAUGUAGAUAUGCCUCGCUAGAUUUCUACUUCAAUGCAGAUCUGAAUAUGACGAUAGCAGUCGUUCUAGUAUUUCGGAGGAGGUAGACCAGACACCAGCGCGUUCAAGGCACGCAAUAGGGACAGAUGCGUCUAAUCUGCUCGAUAUUAAGGAUUAAGAAUAUCGAUAAGCUAAAUAUCUAUCGUCAUAUAUUCCGUAAUAAGUGGUUAAAGUUCAGGCCGCAAACCGGCAUCAAAUCUGGGGUAGCUUGUCACUAUCUCGGACUAGACCGCAACGGUUCGCCAACGUGCCGUCCAGCCCCGUGGCUCCAAAACAUUGUAAAUGAUCUCAACAAACAACGCGGUGAUCUACUUACCUGGAUUUCUCUCUUUUUUUGUGUCUCAAUAAACAGUUCCCAUAUUCUUUCCGGGAUCGUUUUAAACUGGCAGCCUUGAGAGUUGCCUGCUCAUGACCAAUGUUUACCCGACGAUCCCCCGCUCCCAUUGACGCAACGCCAACCUCUGGCCGGGAGGCUGAGCAACACAUGUCGGCACCACAAGUCCAGCGAUUGACAGCAUCACAACUAGCUCCAAUUCGGCCAUAUGGGGAGUUGCAGCGGUAGCCUCCCAUUCAUUAUUCGCGCGUCAUUGGUUUAGUUUUUAAACUUCAAACUCAUGGCAGCAGCUUGACUCCUCGUUCGACGCACCCCUCCUGUUCCCUCUGAUACGACAUCGGUCAUCAACAACCGCAGCGUCGACAAAACGGCCCUCCGAACCCAUAUCACGUUAGACAAUUGAACAGAUUUUCGACAAACAACGAGAUGAAACCACAUAGUCAAGGCUUCGGCCGCCAGAUGCCACCUCAGGGCCCAGCUCGCCAUGGCCCUCCGCCAAACAUACAGAUGGCUGCUGGCGCCCCCCCUGGUACUUUCUCGCCAGGAACAAAAAUUCAAGUUGGAAGCCAUCGAGUUAUAAUUCAAAAGUACCUCUCGGAAGGCGGUUUCGCCCAUGUGUACGUCGUUAAGCUACCAAAACCUAUCAACGGAACGGACGUUGCGGUUUUGAAACGUGUUGCCGUUCCCGACAAGGAGUCGCUACGAGGGAUGCGCAUCGAAGUCGAGACCAUGAAGCGACUGAAAGGACACAGGGCUAUAGUCACAUACAUUGACUCGCAUGCCUCAGAGCUUAAAAAUGGCGGAUAUGAAGUGUUCUUGCUCAUGGAGUUCUGUAACGGUGGUGGUCUUAUUGAUUUUAUGAACACUCGACUCCAGCAUCGACUUACGGAGCCCGAAAUUAUACAAAUCUUCACCGACAUUGCGGAGGGAGUUGCAUGCAUGCAUUACCUGAAGCCUGCACUUCUACAUCGCGAUCUCAAGGUUGAAAACGUCCUUAUUAGUGCCAAGGGUGCCAAUAAGCGCUUCAAACUGUGUGAUUUUGGCUCUGCAGCUGCACCUAGACCGGCGCCGGCCACAGUUGCAGAGUGUCGAGCAAUGGAUGAAGAUGUUCAAAAACAUACGACUCUCCAGUACCGCAGCCCUGAGAUGAUCGACGUAUACCGCAAACAGCCCAUCAAUGAAAAGUCGGAUAUUUGGGCUCUGGGAGUGUUGCUCUAUAAGCUUUGUUACUACACUACACCAUUCGAAGAACAGGGUCAAUUGGCUAUCCUGAACGCUAGUUUUCGGUAUCCAAGUCACCCUAUAUUUUCAGAUCGCCUUAAGAAGCUUAUUGGAUCUAUGCUGCGAGAAAAGCUGGAGUCUCGCCCGAAUAUCUACCAAGUCCUCAAAGAAGCUUCCGCUAUGGCCGGCCGUGAAAUGCCUAUUCCUGAUAUAUACCCUGGUAAAGCACCUUCAAGCCAGGUACCUCCUCAGAAGCAAAAGCCCUUGCCAUCGCAGCCUACCGUUGGUGCUGUUGUGUCUACCCCAGUAAAAGAAGUUCAGCAAAUUCCAGACAUUAUACCCAUGAGACGAGGACGGCCGCAAGCUACACCAUCUCGCGUCGAAACACCUUCCAAACCCGUUACUAGCGGCGAUCCCUUCGCUGCGCUUGAUAUAAAAUCGAAAAGUGCUGCUGACAUAGAUGAUACCUCGUCUCGGUUCCCGAGUUUGGACCAAUUUUCGUUGCUACAUGACAAGAGCAGCAACUUCAAUUUUGACUCUGUCAAAUCACCACCUAUGAAACCUGCGAAAGAUAUGAAUGACCGAAUGGCAGAGAAACUUGCUGAUGCAGCGUUUGCAAACUCCCGGCAAUCGACCCCAGUACAGAAUGAGACAAUUCCUAGUAAACCAACACCAGCACCGGUACCAAAACACACCAAUUCAUCUACACCCCAGACCCAUUCGUCAGCUAUGGCACACAGGCCUCAGCCUAGUAUCGGUAAUGACGUACGAUCUACAGCACCUGCUCCUCGCCCAAUUUCGAUUUCGUCGCGAUAUGUGUCUACCGGUACCAUGACCAGCGAUGUUCCCCCAAGUGGUCCCAAGAACUCUUCAGCUGAAGUUCGACCGAUAACGCCGGUGCUAUCUGACAACUCAUCGUACAGAAAACGACCUGUAAGCGUCGCUGUACAGAGACCCAGCUCAAACGACACCACAGAGCAAGCAUCACAACUUAGCAAUCAAAACGAGGCUCCCGAAUGGAAGCCGGAGCCCAAGAAGCUGUCAGACGGACAAUUUGGGGAUAGGUUUAAGCAUUUUGAAAAUAAUUCAUCAAGCGAGCCUGCCACUCAACUUGCCAAAACCAUGCAGCGAGAUUUGAUUAUGUUGGAUGAUGGCCCGCGCGAAAUCAUCGGCUUGGAUGAAGAUAGCAGCGAUGAUGACUUGAGCCCAGAGAUGCGCCGAGAAAUGGAGCGACUACAGCUCGAAGAUGAAGAACGACGGGUGGAAGCAGCUCAAUUGGAGUAUCGCAACCGAACCAUGGGCGGGGCAACAACAGCAAAACCAACUCCCGGUCCAAAGAGUGUAACUGUUGCCAAGUCGACAAUUCAAAAUAGAGUGCAUGCUCUGCUAAGCGAUGACCAGCGCCAAGCCCCUAUACAGCGCACUGCGGAGGGGUAUGGCAAGUACUCGGACGCUGCCACUGCGGCGAGUAAGCCGCAAAAGACUCCUCCAGAGGUUCGCCGAAAGCCGCUGUUGUCAGGUGUACAGCGUACAAACACUUUACCGCAAGCAAAACCAGCCGUUGCAGCUCCGUCGUCGCAUGGCACUGGUACAGUUUCAGCGCCGCCUACGGCACCAUUGAACAAAGCUCCUUCGAAGCCUCCUGCGCCUAAGAAGCCGGUACAUCUUAACAGUCUCCCAACAGGCACUGGAAAGCCAUUGCCCGGACCAAAGCCAGCCAGAGAACAUCUUAUUGCAGUAGAUCUUCCUGGUCAACCUGUUAUAGAAAUGACAUCAGAACAGAAAGAAGACUAUCUGGAGGACUUUUCGAAACGGUUUCCUAGUCUUAGCGCUAUGGAGAGUUCAAACCCAUAGAUACAGUACGACACCCCGUGCUACGGUAACAUUUAGAAUAUGAAAAUAAGCAUCACGCAAAUGACUUAAAACAAAUCAUCAAUUGAACACGACUUUUUGCAUCUCAUAUUUUCAUUUUUAUUUUUCAACUCUUUUUAUCCUUCAUAGCCUAUUUAACACAUGAGUGUAACGUUAGCCAUAGACUAACAUCAACCCACUUUGUUUCUG